UAAACACAUAAACACACCGCUUUAUUAGCAGUGUGUCCUUUGUACUAAGAAUUGUUCCUGAAUCUGUUUACAACAACGGAUCUUACAACCCCCAUACCCCCCUCACCCUCACCCUCACUCUCUCUCUCACCUCUGUUUUCUUUCUCUCUCUAACUAUCUAUGUAUGGGUUUUGACUACAACUAUCAUUUUCUUUUUUCAAACAACAUACUCCUCGUGAACUGCAUGUGAACCUUGUUUUUCAGAGAUCUGGUGAUGCUUAAUUACUACUACAAACGGUGUCUCACCUUUUCCUUCUGAUUCAGGUGAUUCAACUGUUUCCUAUCAUUUUCUCUGUUCUUUCUUACUCUUUUUCUUCCCUUUUACAAAUGUUCUUUCUUUACACCUCUCACUCUCUCAUUUUGUCAAACACUUUGGUAUUUCAAUUACACUUGACCUUUCAGAUAAUGGGGUCUUCACUUUUUCUCUUCUCUUUCCUUUUUUAGUAUCAAAAUUGUGUCUUGCUUGGAGGUAGCAACACUCUGGUUUGGUUCACAAAGUUUCUUUUUUUGGAGUUUUGUUUGGUUCAUUUGGGUUUGACGAAAUAUUGGGUAGUCUCAUUUUGGAAGUUUUUGGUGAUUAUUGAUGAUUUUCCUUGAAGGGUGUUUUGUUAUUGGGUCAAAUCUUGGUGGUGGUGGUGGUAAUUUAAUAAUGGUAUAAUUGACCAUGAGAGUCGCUGUUUCCAUUUUGGUGAGUUUAAAUUCUACCCUUGUUUUUUUGGCGUUUCUGAGUAAUGAUUAAUGGGUGUUCUGGAUUUAGCAUUUUAAUUUUUGUUGCCAUAAUUGUGAAAAUAUUGGCAUAGAAAAAAAUGAUAUAUUUUCUGAUUUGUUUCAUUAAUUUAGAAGAGAUUCUACUGUCAGUAGGGUUGGUGUUUUGAUCAUGACUAGGGCUAUUCGCAAUAGGGUACUCAAAGAUGCCAAUGGUGAUAUUAGUGACCAUCUAAGAAACCACAUUCAUUUAACAAAUUGUAUUCAUUUGAAGAACCAUAUGCAUAAAAACAGUCCAAUACUUGCUGAUAGGUCUAUUAUGAGAGACCUUGUUGUGCUUCAAAGAUCGCAUUCUCUUAGAGAUCCUUCUGCAAGUCCUCCAUCAUGGCACUCUCCUUCUGUUGUUGACUUGCUUUUCAAAAGAGCUGAAAAUGAUACCAUGAAUCAGGUGGGAAGAAGGUCUUUAGGUGUUAACAGUAGGAGAAUGUCUGGAACCUCACCACCUUUGGUGAGUAAAGGUACAUCAAGAGUUGCUCCUGGCGAGGUUAGUAGGGGUAAUGAUGUGGUACAGGUGGCAACUAGUGAACGGAGUAGCAAGAGUGGAGUAGGGGAUGGGAGGAAAGUUGGGAGAGAGGAAUCUGGCAGGAAGAGUAAUAGGCCUGAUUAUUUGGAAGUUAGUCAAGAGAAACCUCUUCACGAGGCUGGCAAAAGUUUGGCGGAAGAUGUUGUUUCGAGGCAUUCUGAAUCGAAAGAGAGGAAGAAUAGACAGAGGGGGAAGAAUGUUCAAGAUUUUCAAGUUAAGACUCUUUCGGAACAGCUGAAUGAUGUUCCUUUGGAUAGUGAUGAUUUAGCAUCGUCGAACAUUCAUUUCCGUGCAAGGUUACCAAGACAGGAGAAAGUUAUUGAGGAGGCACAAGCCGGAAUGCGCGGUCACGCAAAUGGAAUGAAUAGGAUAAAAAGGCGUAAGUUUCGAAGCACAAGAAGAACUCGGGUUGCUACAACAUCAAGAGAUAUUGGAGCUGAGAAUGAAUUGUCUGUGGCUUCCAACUCUUUUGCACAAGGUUCUGCUAACAAGAAAUAUAACUCGGAGGAGGUUGACGAGUAUGCAGAUGAUAAUGUUACUCGGGCUCCAAAAAAUGGGUGUGGCAUGCCUUGGAAUUGGUCAAGAAUUCAUCAUAGAGGUAAAACGUUCCUUGACAUUGCUGGGAGAAGUUUGUCGUGUGGUUUAUCUGACUCGAAGUUAAAAAAAGGGACAUUUACUGCCAAUGGAAGAAAUCUUUCUGAGAUGCCGGUGGCAGCUGACAACUCUAGCUCAUGUACUAACUCUGAUGCCGAGGCACUGCCUUUGCUAGUCGAUGCGUCUGGAUCUCAUGGAAGCACUGAAAAUGCUUGUUGGGGCCGCGAUUAUUCCGGUGAACUAGGUAUUUAUGGUGAUAAUUUAUUCAAGCAAGAUAUUGAUUCUGAUCUUGCUUCUGAAGCUAGAUCUGGUGGCCAACAUAAGUUGAGACGGAAUCAUCAUAGUAGACACCAAAGUUUAACGCAAAAAUAUAUGCCACGAACCUUCAGAGAUAUGGUUGGACAGAAUUUAGUGGCACAAGCUCUAUCAAAUGCAGUGAUAAGACGGAAAGUUGGAUUGCUGUAUGUAUUUUAUGGUCCCCAUGGCACCGGGAAAACUUCCACUGCUCGCAUAUUUGCAAGAGCUUUGAAUUGUACUUCGUCGGAACACCCAAAACCUUGUGGCUUUUGCAAUUAUUGCGUAGCACAUGAUAUGGGGAAGAGUAGGAAUAUAAGGGAAGUUGGUCCAGUCAGCAAUUUUGACUUUGAGAACAUCAUGGAUCUACUCGACAAUAUGAUUGUUUCGCAGCUUCCAUCACAGUACAGAGUAUUUAUUUUCGAUGAUUGUGAUACUUUGUCGGCAGAUUGUUGGAAUGCUAUAUCAAAGGUCAUUGAUCGAGCACCUAGACGUGUGGUUUUUAUCCUUGUCAGUACUAGUCUUGAUGUCUUGCCUCAUAUAAUAAUAUCCAGGUGUCAAAAAUUCUUUUUUCCAAAGCUGAAGGAUGCAGAUAUUGUGUAUACACUGCAGUGGAUUGCAACCAAAGAAGGGCUAGAUAUUGAUAAGGAUGCCUUGAAACUCAUUGCGUCAAGGUCAGACGGAUCAUUGAGAGAUGCCGAGAUGACCCUUGAGCAACUUAGUUUGCUUGGUCAGAGAAUUUCUGUUCCACUUGUUCAAGAGCUGGUAGGGCUUAUAUCCGAUGAGAAGUUGGUGGAUCUGCUCGAUUUGGCAUUAUCCGCAGACACAGUUAACACUGUGAAGAAUUUGAGAGUAAUAAUGGAAGCUGGUGUUGAACCAAUAGCUUUGAUGUCACAGCUUGCUACAGUAAUUACUGAUAUACUUGCUGGGACCUAUGAUUUCACUAAAGAAAGGCGAAGAAGGAAGUUCUUCCGGAGACAACCAUUGUCCAAAGACGACAUGGAAAAGCUUCGUCAAGCUCUGAAAACUUUAUCUGAGGCAGAGAAGCAGUUGAGGAUGUCCAAUGACAAGCUAACGUGGUUGACAGCUGCAUUGCUUCAACUUGCUCCAGACCAGCAAUAUGUAUUGCCUACUUCAUCUGAUAAUAGUUUCAAUCAUAGUCCCUUCGCUCUACAAAACGGAAAUGUGAAAGAAGCUAAUAGAAACACCGGUAAUCCUGUUGAAAUUCCUAAUAGAACGAGGCGAAUGUCAAUGGAUGCUAGAAUGGAAAAUUUCCAUGCUGGAAGCUCAGCAGACGGUAUGACAAAAGGUCUUAGUCCAGAGAAAAGAAGACUUAGCGUGUCUGGUUUUGCUCCGCAACAUACUUAUUCACAUUCCACCGAAAAGACUAGGGUAAAUGAAAGGAAGACUCUGGAUAAAAACCGCAAAGAAAUUGAAGAGAUAUGGUUAGAGGUGCUAGAGAGGAUUCACUAUCCUGGUCUCAAAGAGUUUUUGUAUAAAGCUGGCAAGCUGAUCUUCAUUAGCUUUGGCGCAGCUCCAACUGUGCAGCUAAUGUUUGACUCUCAACUUUCCAAAUCUACUGCUGAGAAGUUCACCGGUCACAUCUUACAAGCAUUUGAAUCUGUUCUUGGAUCAUCUGUAACCAUAGAAAGUAGAUGUGAGUCAAAUAAAGAUGCAGUUUCUCCUGUUCAACUGCCUCUCGUAUUGCCUGCUAUCAAUGACGGUUCAUCUCAGAUUAGAGACUUAAUUCAUGUUGGCACUGAAGCCCGUUCACUAAACGAAUCUGUUGAAAAGAGAAGGAGUGAAAUUGUUGAAGAAGAAGAAGCAUCUCAUAUGCAGGACAAGAAUAAUGGGCAGCAGUCGCAAAAAUUACCGACUGUAAAGUCACAUUUAGACAGAAGAAAGCUUAGUGAGCAAGGUCAAAGCCUAAGUCUUGUAAGAAGUAAGGUAUCUCUUGCUCAUGUAAUCCAGCAGGCAGAAGGUCAGCGAAGUGGGUGGUCAAAACGCAAAGCAGUUUCUAUUGCCGAAAAGCUUGAACAAGAGAAUUUGAGACUGGAGCCAAGAUCAAGGAGUUUGUUAUGUUGGAAAGCUUCUAGAGCGACUCGUCGGAAGCUGUCGCGCUUGAAAAUCCGAACACGAAAACCACGUGCAUUGCUGAACCUUGUUACAUGUGGGAAAUGUCUCUCCACGAAAUCUCCAAGGUAGUUUUGGGAAUCUUUCAAAGGUUGGGUUCAUUCAAUAGGUUAUUUGUAUUGCCUGUAUUUUUAUUUCCUUUAAUUAAAUAAACGUAUGUAGUUACAUUUAUAUAUCAGAUGAAGAAAAUGUAAGAAAGUAGUUGUAGUAGUUAAUUCCAUUUUAGUGAUAAGAUAUUGUACACAUUUUUCCUUUCUAGUAAAUUAUUUGAUGGAAAUUUUAAACUGUUUCAGUAGAAUUUUUAUUAGUUA